GCUACUCACCCUGCGUAUCCGGAUGAUUUCGUACUUUUAGUAUAAUUGAGUUCACUAUAACCUUGUUACGUGGUCGAUCCCACAGAGAAUGUAUGAACAGAACAAGUCAAGACAAACUUAGGGUUCGAUUUCGGCCCAGUGGUGCCCACAACACUUUAUGCAUUAACCCCUGUUGGAUAGUGGGACAACAUGUCGGCUUUGAGAUCACAUCCCGGACCCGAUAUACAAACAAUCCGUACCGAAUCCAACGUGGUCCGGCUACAAACGUAGUACUACUAAAUAAUGUAGUUGUAUGUAGUGCUAUGAAGAAAUUGUGCAUCAUAGAGGGAUGUAAAAGUUCCACCUACGUUCAGUUAAGUCAGAAUUUUCAGAUUGUGAUGCCACCGAAACCAGUGAAUCUUUGUAUUCUUCUCAUAAUUUCAGAUAUAGUUGUAAAUGCAACUUCUCUUAGGGGCUUCGAGAGGCCCCGUUUACUAGUCAUCAUCAUCAUUCAACCCACACAAAAUAGGAAAGACAUGAUCAUGAGUCUUGCGGGUUCUCCGAAGGAACCAACCACUCUGUGUAUCCUGAUCCCACACUGUAUCCUCCUCAUGCCGGCAUUACAUACAAAGAAAAAUCACUGAUGCCCCGAACCCCUAAUGCACCGAACCGAACAGAAGUAUAUAUAGACGCAAAAGGCACAGGUGAGAAUUGCAUCGAAAGAGAAAAAGCGAAUACCUAGCGUCUUUCGUAGGCUCCCCAACAGAGCGGCACCAGGAGAAAUAUAAAGGGACCAAGGGCAAGGUGACGGAAAGCCAAAUAUAGACGUGUCGUCAAUGCAAAUAUAUGUACAAGCAAUGGAUCAGUGUCUCGCACAUCCCGAAGCAAAGAAGGGUCCUUCCCAGUUUAUGCCACGUAGGCUAGGGAAGGUAAACAAAAAAAAAAAGGUAAACCCAAAAAAAAAAAAAAAUACAUGAAAAAAAAAGCCUUAAAAAAAAAAAAUGACAAGCUGUUAAAAAAAAAAAAAAAAAAAAAAAA